CUCUAAGGGGGAAGGUGCUGAGGGCCGUGUAGGGCUGGCGGCCUUCACCCCUGUGAAGACAUCCGUUCAGGAGCAGCAGCUGAGGAAUGGGCUUGGGGAAAACUCAAGUCUGAGCCCCGAUCUCCCAACUCGACCCAUGACCCCUGAAAGACGAGGCUCCCACACGUGGCGAACACGUGGGAAGAGGGAGAAUCCGGACUCAAAAGCGCGACCGAAGACUCGCGCCAAAGAGAAACCCUACGGAUGUCAGGAGUGUGGCAAGGCCUUCAGUCACAGCUCUGCCCUCAUCGAACACCUUCGAACGCACACAGGAGAGAGACCUUACGAAUGUCACGACUGCGGAAAAGGCUUCCGCAACAGCUCGGCCCUCACCAAACACCAGAGAAUCCACACUGGUGAGAAACCGUACAGGUGCGCGCAGUGUGGGAGGACCUUCAACCAAAUUGCCCCACUGAUCCAGCAUCAGAGAACUCACACGGGCGAGAAGCCCUACGAGUGUAGUGACUGUGGGAAGUCCUUUAGUUUUAGGUCCUCCUUCAGCCAACACGAGCGGACUCACACGGGUGAGAAGCCAUAUGAGUGCAGUGAAUGUGGGAAGGCCUUCCGGCAGAGCAUCCACCUCACUCAGCACCUGCGCAUCCACACCGGGGAGAAGCCCUAUCAGUGUGGGGAGUGCGGGAAGGCGUUCAGCCACAGCUCAUCCUUGACGAAGCACCAGCGAAUCCACACAGGGGAAAAGCCCUAUGAGUGUCACGAGUGUGGUAAAGCCUUCACUCAGAUCACACCACUGAUUCAGCAUCAGAGGACGCACACGGGAGAGAAGCCCUACGAGUGUAAUGAGUGUGGAAAAGCCUUCAGCCAGAGCACACUGCUAACCGAGCAUCGGAGGAUUCACACAGGGGAGAAGCCCUAUGGGUGCAACGAGUGUGGGAAAACUUUCAGCCACAGCUCAUCACUCAGCCAGCACGAGCGGACGCACACGGGAGAGAAGCCUUACGAGUGCAGUCAGUGCGGGAAGGCCUUCCGGCAGAGCACACACCUCACCCAGCAUCAGAGGAUCCACACGGGGGAGAAACCCUAUGAGUGCAAUGACUGUGGCAGGGCCUUCAGCCACAGCUCAUCCCUAACCAAACACCAGCGAAUCCACACCGGGGAGAAGCCCUACGAGUGUCAUGAGUGUGGCAGGGCCUUCAGCCAGCUCGCUCCUCUCAUUCAGCAUCAGAGGAUCCACACGGGGGAGAAGCCCUAUGAGUGUCACGAGUGUGGCCGAGCCUUCAGCCAGAGCUCCCUUCUCAUAGAACACCAGAGGAUCCACACCAAGGAAAAGCCCUACGGCUGCAACGAGUGUGGGAAAUGCUUCAGUCACAGCUCAUCGCUCAGCCAGCACGAGAGGACACACACCGGAGAAAAGCCCUAUGAGUGUCCGGAGUGUGGGAAAUGCUUCAGGCAGAGCACUCACCUUACUCAGCACCGAAGGAUCCACACGGGAGAGAGGCCAUAUGAAUGCAACGAGUGUGGCAGGGCCUUCAGACAGCUCGCUUCGCUCAUUCAGCAUCAGAGGAUCCACACGGGGGAGAAGCCCUAUGAGUGUCACGAGUGUGGCCGAGCCUUCAGCCAGAGCUCCCUUCUCAUAGAACACCAGAGGAUCCACACCAAGGAAAAGCCCUACGGCUGCAACGAGUGUGGGAAAUGCUUCAGUCACAGCUCAUCGCUCAGCCAGCACGAGAGGACGCACACCGGAGAAAAGCCCUAUGAGUGUCCGGAGUGUGGGAAAUGCUUCAAGCAGAGCACUCACCUCACUCAGCACCGAAGGAUCCACACGGGAGAGAGGCCAUAUGAAUGCAGGGACUGUGGGAAGGCCUUCACACACAGCUCCUCCCUGACCAAGCACCAGAGAACUCAUACUGCGUGACGCCCUCCACAUGAGCUCGGACACGGGAAGCCUCAAGCCAUACAUAGUUCAUCUGUUACGAGACUUGACCCGAUAAUAGUCAUGAGCAAGAACACACUUUUAUACACAACCUUCACACAAAGUGCACUCCUCAGAUUGUCCAAACAGUAAGGAAAUGUGCAGGUCAUGCAUGUUGAAGGCCCGCAGCCUUGAGUGCUCACUCACUCUAUAUUACAGAACCGAAAACGGAAGCAGGAAAACGAGUGCAUUUGGACUUAGUUUCUGUCCAAGGAUCCACCAGAUUCCCAAACAGGUUUCAAAGUAGAAAGAAUCACAAAAAAUGCCUUUCAUUUAUACAAACCAAGUGCCAUCCCAAUUUAUCAUAAUUGCUCAUUACACUUUUGGGAACAUGUGGGGAUUAUGAAGUUAUAGAUUGGCACUUGAUAUGUCUUAGAAAAAAAUAUGGCAGAGUGUUCCAGACAUGAGAGCGGCAUCUGUAUGGAAUCACUAUGUUUACUCAAAUGUCUCAUUAGAAAGUUUUCUUAUAUAUGUGUAAAUCAUUUAAGGUACAUUCAGUCUCACAAUCUGAAUCCCAUGUGAUAAAAUAUCAUUGUAGUAUGAACAAAUUUUAACUUGGUUAUCUGCAUUAUCUUGUAGUAAUUUAAUCCUUAUAUGUCAUGGAUUUGAAAGGAUUUGUAUUGGAAGACUGGACAUGUAAGCACCAUCUCAUGAGCUUCCAUGUUGGAACCUUACAUUCUGGAACAUUUAUUCCUUGAGAAAUGUAAAACUUAAUCCUCUCUUGAA